AUGGCGACGGACUGGGCGCCCGCGCCGGCGCUCGAGAACGAGCGUUCGCCGGAGACUCUCGAGCGCGUUCCCGGGAAGAUCGUCGACGCGUGGACGACGGACGAGGGCGCGAGAGGAGGCGCGAUCGCGGAGGCGCCACGUGGGGGUGCCAAAACGGAGGAGGCUCCACAGGUUAAUAAUGAACGCGCGCGAUGGCGCGCGCCCCCGGAGCGGGAAGGUCCGCGGGAUAACAAGGUGUCGUCGGAGUGUAACCUGUGCUCCUCAUCCGCCGUGGAGCCGAUCGUGACGAGAUGCGGACACCUCUACUGCUGGUCGUGCGUGUACAGUUGGCUGCAAGAGCACAAGGACGCCCCGCGCUGCCCCGUGUGCGAGUGCGGCAUCUCCGAGACGUCCGUGGUCCCGCUGUACGCGCACGGGCGCGAAGAGAGCGAGAGACGAUCGAGCGACGGCGGCUGGCGAGGGGGCUCGGGGGUCGCGACCGCGACCGCGUCGGCGGCGUCGCACCUGCCGAUGCGGCCGAGAGGCGUACGCGUGCAGCCGCGGCGACGACAUUCGCGAUUCGACGUCAUCCCGGAGGAUCGCGACUACGUGUGGUUUGCUCAGCCGUUGGGGGUGGACGACGCGACGCGAGAGGAGCAGCAGCAGGCGUUUUUACAACGGCUUCUGUUGUUCGUCGGGCUCAUCGUCAUCUUGUGCAUCAUAUACAACACGUGAGUCGAUGAUCGCGACGCGAGAGCGGAUCGGUUCGAUGCGAUGCGAGACGAGCAUCGAUCGAAGACGCGCGCGUCGCUCGUGUACUACUAACGAUUAGCCGUCUGCUUCGAUUGCACGCGUGUAAUUUUAAUU